AAAGAUGAUGAGUUGGAUGGUUUGUAUUGGUGUAAAUAACGCAAAGCUGCGUGUCAGUCAUAUCAUCAUAUCAUAAUACUAAUCAAUCUCCUUCGUUCGUUCGUUCGUUCGUUCGUUCGUUCUCACAUUCAUUUCAACUAACAUUCAUUCACUCUCUCUAAUCUCUCAAAUGUUGUUUCUGUGAAUGAAUUGUGAUUUUCAACAACACAACACAAGACAGCAAUAAUAAUAAUAAUAAUGCCAAUUCCCACCGCCAACUUAUUAUUUAGUAUAUCAUUUCUUCUUCUUCUAAGUAGUAUCUCCUUCCUCACCCUCUCCGUCGCCGCACGCCCCUAUGUUCUUGUCCUCUCCCAGGAAGAUUUCAAAGACGAUGUCCCUCCUGAUUCCGAUUCCUCCGCCGAGUGGGACGAGUUCGGCGACUCUGAUUCCCACAAGUCCGAAGAGGAUCUUGACCCUGGAUCAUGGCGCCAAAUCUUCGAACCCUCCCCUACAGACCCCCAACCCCAAUCAGAUACUGAGCUUCUCUACUACUCCUCCGUCUCCAAACUAAUCACUGGGGACUCCCGUCUAAUGGAAGAGGGCUCCGGUGAGAUUGAGGCGGCUGCCGAAUCUGGCUACCCUGCUGCACAAUCAGUUUUAGGGUUUUUGUGGGGAAUGGGUCUUUUUCGAGAGAGGAGCAAACAGAAAGCAUUUGUUUAUCAUCACUUUGCUUCUGAGGGUGGCAAUAUGCAAUCCAAAAUGGCUCUCGCCUAUCUCUACACUCGUCAAGAUAUGUUUGAUAAAUCGGUUAAGCUUUAUGCUGAAUUGGCUGAAGUUGCUGUAAAUAGUUUUCUUAUUUCCAAAGAUUCUCCUGUCAUUGAACCCGUUAGGCUACACAAUGGAGCUGAAGAGAACAAAGAGGCACUCAGAAAGUCUAAAGGGGAAGAGGACGACGACUUUCAGAUUCUCGAAUAUCAGGCACAGAAAGGGAAUGCAGCUGCAAUGUACAAAGUCGGUCUCUUUUACUACUUCGGCCUUCGUGGAUUGAGGCGUGACCAUUCCAAGGCACUCUCUUGGUUCUUGAAGGCAGUCGACAAGGGUGAGCCUCGUUCUAUGGAACUUCUCGGAGAGAUAUAUGCCAGGGGAGCUGGUGUUGAGAGAAACUACACUAAAGCCUUUGAAUGGCUUACUCUUGCAUCUAAACACCACCUCUACUCUGCUUAUAAUGGGAUUGGUUAUUUGUAUGUCAAAGGCUACGGAGUCGACAGCAAGAAUUACACUAAAGCAAAAGAGUAUUUUGAAAAGGCUGCUGAUAACGAAGAGGUUGGUGGCCAUUAUAACCUGGGUGUCAUGUAUCUCAAGGGAAUUGGAGUCAAAAGAGAUGUGAAGUUGGCAUGUAAGUUCUUUAUAGUGGCUGCCAAUCACGGUCAACCGAAGGCUUUCUACCAGCUUGCAAAGAUUUUUCAUCUUGGUGUUGGGUUCAAGAAGAACAUUCCAUUGGCUACUGCCCUAUACAAGUUAGUUGCAGAACGAGGUCCAUGGAGUUCUUUGUCCAGAUGGGCACUAGAAGCAUACUUAAAAGGUGAUGUUGGCAAGGCUUAUAUGUUGUAUUCAAGAAUGGCUGAGAUGGGCUAUGAGGUGGCACAGAGUAAUGCUGCUUGGAUUCUUGACAAAUAUGGAGAACGAAGCAUGUGCAUGGGUGAAUCUGGAUUUUGCACUGAUGCAGAAAGGCAUCAGCGGGCACAUUCUUUGUGGUGGCAAGCUUCUGAGCAGGGUAAUGAACAUGCUGCUUUACUAAUUGGAGAUGCAUAUUACUAUGGUCGGGGAACUGCCAGGGAUUAUGACCGAGCUGCGGAGGCUUACAUGCAUGCCAAAUCACAAUCUAAUGCACAAGCUAUGUUCAAUCUCGGAUACAUGCAUGAGCAUGGCCAAGGACUUCCCCUUGACCUUCAUCUAGCCAAACGUUACUAUGAUGAAGCUCUAGAGCACGACCCGGCAGCUAAGUUGCCGGUCACACUGGCUCUUACAAGCUUGUGGGUUCGGAAGAACCAUGCUGACAGUUUAUUGGUCCACAUAAUUGAUUCUUUGCCAGAUGUCUAUCCAAAAUUGGAAGCUUGGGUAGAGAACGUGCUUUUGGAGGAGGGAAAUGCUACGAUUCUAACCCUCUUUGCAUGCCUCCUAACUGUGCUGUAUCUACGCGAGAGGCAACGGAGGCAAGCUGUUGUUGUAGCUGGAGAGGUCGCUCAGCCAAAUCGCCCUAAUGAACUUGGUGUGCCUGCACCCAUGUAAUUCAUGGUACAGAGACUGUUUCAGAUGGGUCCAAUUUCUUGUGCAAUAUAUUUUAUAGCGUCGAGUUUUCUUUCUUUCUUUUUAGGUAGCGACGACUUUAUAGGCCAAAUUGUACCACAGAGAACUUAUAGCGGUGGUUAUAAGUGGAUUUGUAGAUAUUCCUUUUAUUUGUGAGGUAGGAACAGGAACACACCUCGACACCUGAUCUCUUAACCCAAUAGAUGAGAGCUAAAAGAAAAGAUGCAUCCACUGUUGUCUAAGAUUUUUGUAUGGGAUUAAUUGAUGUAGUUUACAGAGAACUAGUACAUUAUAAUAUUUUCAUUGUGUCGUCCCUGUUAAAAAUGAAGUGGACUUGCUUUUGCUUGGA